AAAUAUGAAUGCAGAACUUGUGAUCCAUCCAAUAUUCUCCCACUUCAGAGGAAGAGGGUUAUAGAAGAGUGAGGAAUCGGUGAAUUCAUAACUAGAUAAUCUUAUUGUUGCGGAAAAGUUGGAUGAAUCAAUUCUUAAAAAAAAGUCAAACUAAUCUGAACAGUUAAUUAUUCUCUAAUUAAUCUUAUUAUAAGGAAAAAUAUUGAAAACUACUAGCACACUUCACGUUCAGUUGCACAAUUUGCUCCAAACCAUUCUUGUGUUUCUCUCUAUCUUCUUCUGAAUCUUCUGACCAUGCUCUUGGGAAGUUCUUCAUCCAUCUAUGCUUCUCUCUCUGAUAGAGCAAAGCUUGUUCCUUCUCUGUCUUCCUCUGCACCUUUUUUCAACUCUGUGAAGGGUGUGAGAUUUUCCAGGAGAAAUGUGGGUUAUGGGGUUGUGGCUAUGGCCUCAAAGGAGGCUAAGAACCAACAGGUUUUGGAUAUAGCGUUUGAACCUUUUGAGGAAGUGAAAAAAGAGCUUCUUGUCAUCCCCACACUGCCCCAUGCAUCACUGGCAAGACAAAAAUACUCUGAUCAGUGCGAGGCUGCACUCAAUGCACAGAUCAAUGUGGAAUACAAUGUCUCCUACGUGUAUCAUGCCAUGUAUGCCUACUUCGACAGAGACAAUGUUGCUCUGAAGGGAUUGGCCAAAUUUUUCAAGGAAUCAAGUGUGGAGGAAAGACAACAUGCUGAGAUGAUGAUGGAAUAUCAGAAUAAGAGAGGAGGCAGGGUUCAGCUGCAGACAAUGCUGAUGCCAUUUUCUGAGUUUGAUGACGAAGAAAAGGGUGAUGCAUUACAUGCAAUGGAACUUGCAUUGUCUUUGGAAAGGCUGAAUAAUGAGAAGCUUCUAAAUUUGCACAGCUUAGCAAAUGAAAACAAUGAUGUGCAAUUGGUUGACUUUCUUGAAAGCACGUUUUUGGUUGGUCAGGUGGAAGACAUUAAGAAGAUCUCAGAAUAUGUGGCUCAGUUAAGAAGGGUUGGCAAAGGACAUGGUGUUUGGCACUUUGAUCAGAUGCUCCUUAAUGGAGAUGUAGCUGCAUGAUUUAUCUACAAUAUUUCCCAUUAGCAUUUAAGCAGAAAACUUUAUUCCCAUGAACUCAGAUGCAUAUUUUCAACAAUCUCGUUACUGUUUUUGAUUUGUCCUAGUUUUCUUUUAUUGCUUUUAUUUGAAAUGUUAGUCUAGUCAAAUUAGUUAGGUUUGAAUCUCAGUAAAUGUGAGGCUUCUCCUUUUGCAUAAAUGUGUUUAGUCAUUUGAACAAAGAUGGUAUAUGUUACUCCAAUAUUAGAUGAUUAUUGCCAAUGCCAAAUGCAAACUAAUGAAGCUAUUCAUUGAGCUUGAA